GGUCGCCGCUACGCUGAUAACCUAAGAUACAUAGCGGCGGUGAUUGAAUUUUUCCCCCCGUUUUUAUUUUUUUUUCUCGUGGAGUUUCCACAAUCUCUUCAAACUUUACCAUAUGGAGAUGAAACCAGUAGAUCCAUGGCGGGCCUGCGAGCGGAAAGGGCGGAGGGGAAGGGUUCUGUGGAUCGCCAUGGAGGAUCGGUUGACCUGCUUCAUCCAUGGUUCCAGUGAUCGAGAAGAGUUCCGUAAAAGGCUCUCUCUCUCUCUUCUUGUGCAUGAAGGCGCACAGAGUCGUCAUUUGCGGCCACGAAACACAAGACGGGACGCUGUUGCUCCUGCUGCGGAGCUCCCGCUGCACAAUUCAUGCAUGAUGAUGAUGGCCUUGCUGAGAUGGACGGGACUUUUGCCAGUGCCUGAAGAGACCCCCUUUCCAAAGCGAGUAGGACAACCGAGACGAGGCUGUUCGAAUAUCGGUAACCCGCGCUCAGCGAGAAGGGGCUCGAACCUCGCGGUGGUUCUAAAUUACCCGAGGGGUUUCUAUCCGCGGUCGCCACCGCAGGACGCCAGGGAAGGCUCGGUGGAGUGAGUCGUGAUGAGCACAGGCUUCCCAACGGGCGCGGGGG